AUGAACUGGGUUGGUGGCUCCCGGAGCAGAAUCAUACUUAAACAGGAAAGGAGAAAGCAAAAGGAAUUCUUUGAAAAGAGAAAGCUUAGAUCAAAGAUGAAGCUCCUAGGAGUAUCAUCACCCCCAAAAAGUUCAACAGUCAGUUUAGAUCUCCUCAACCUGUAUGUUGUUAAUCAGAUAUCCACCAAGAAAGACUCUGCUGACAGAGUGAGAAAACCAGUCCAUGUGGAUCUGAACAAGGGGCUAAAAACUCGUACAAGGAGACAGAAUAUUGAACUUCCCAUGUCACCACAAUGUACAUCAUCUAAAAUAGACCUAGAUGACAUCCAGAACAGAAUACAACAACAAGUAUUAGAGAACAGAAGAAAGCAUCUCACAGAUAAGAUAAAAUACCAACCUCAGUUAUCACAAGUUAUGGAAUCAACUUGCACAGAUGCUAGUCUUGAACAUCUGAACAAUCUAGCAGCAGACUGUAAUUCCUAUCCAGUGUCCUCUUCAGUUUCCUGGUCUUCUAAUUACAAACAAUCUCCAGAACAAAAUUUCAGAACGAACCUAGCAUGCAGUCCUUGGAAAGUGGUCUACGAAGAGGAGAAGCAGAGCAAACAGUUUCUACCAUUUUCUCAGCCAGGAAAUAUUCUCUCUCAAGACUCUUGGUUUUCAAAAUACCAAAACAGUCCAGACUAUAUAAACUCUGUUGGUAAUACUCCAGCUUUAAUUACCGGUAAAGAUUCUGGAAGCAACAACAGAAUAAAAGAGCCAUUAUUUGGUAUUGUGAACGAAACAGCAGCAAACAACACUCACGAUGAAAAUGGUCUAGCAUUGUCUGAAGAUGAGAGACCACUGAUUCAUGAUAUUCCUUCCGUGGAAUAUUGUGGUCCUUUUGUUAACCAAGCCAGUAUCAGCCAGUUAUUUACAGAUCCGGAUGAUAUGAAUGAAAUAUCCAGCAGAUGUAGCCCUUAUAAAAAAGAAACUUAUAACAUGACUAAAUGUACUGAAAGGUAUACUGUAGACAGAUGCCUUAAAGGGAUUUUCACUGUUCCAGAGCAGACUUUAUUUAAAAGUAAGAAUAUUUCAAGUGCAAGCCAUAAAGAAAAUAAACAGCCUAAUAAAAGCCACUUGAAAGAAUACCCUGAUGGACAUUAUUACAUUAUAUCUUCUGAAAACCAAGAAAAUCCUUCAAAAUAUGAAAGAACAGACACUGAAUCAUCACUGAGCAGUCAGUCCCCCAGUUACUCUCCAAAGCAAACAGACAGUUGUUUCUGCACUAGUUCCGAGAUGUCUGAGGAGGACGAUCUAGCUGAAAAGUGUCUUUCUGACAGCUCCUUUCAAGUAAACAGUGCCAAUCCCGCUGCACCUCCAACAAGCAAAGGACCACAACAUACCUUUGGCACAGAAAGUUUGCUUUUCCCUCCCGGCACUAGUGUUGCUAUGAAAGAAGCCAACACUCCUCGACAAAAAGAGCCCAGUUUACAAGCAACAGAGGAGGAAAAUAAAGACCAGGCUGUUCAACCUCAGCCCAACUCAUCACACAUAUCAUUUAAAAGGAAGAAUAUUAAUCAUAGAGAAAGAUGUGAUGCUUGGUCACAAACUGAGAUCUCUACUGUAAGGGUAGAAAAAAUAAAUGCUGCCAUACAAUGUGAUAUAAUACAGGCAUGUUGCUGUAUAAAUCAUCUUUCCUCUGUCCACAGCGGUGAACUACUAACUAAUGUUAGUAAAGCAGAUACCACUGGAGGGCAGGAAAUUACAGCAGAUGAGGCAUUUCAGUCUUCAAGUACAGACAAUGCAACAAUUAUUGCAGAAUUUCCUCCUGCAACUGAGUAUCUGACAUUGCCUGACAAGAUGACUGUAGAUGUGCUGAACUACAUUAACAUAAUGAAAAAGAGAGAAGAGAACAACUGA